CCCAUCAUCCGCGGAGACAUAUCUGAAGGACGACUUCGAGCUGCAAUCCGAUCGUAUCGGCUGCCCAACACUCGAAGGUGGAGACAUGGCCGAGCAACAGAGGAUCCAUCCGGUGGACGUCGAAGCUCCACUGCCGUCAGCACCACCGGCUCCUCCCAGCUUAGCAGCGUUGGAGAAGAGCGAUAGCACCGGCGAACGGCCCACCAUCCAGGUAGCCCCCUCGAGGCCACCAAAGAAGAAGAGGAGGAGCUUCUGCUGCUGUUGCUGCAGGUGUCUGUGCUGCACUCUCCUCGCCAUCGUCCUCCUCGUCCUCGUCGUCUCCGCCACCGCCGGUGUUCUCUACGUGGUGUUCGACCCCAAGAUCCCCAAGUACUCCGUCGACCGCCUCCGCGUCUCCGGCUUUUCCGUCCGCAGCGACAUGAUCGUCGACGCCACGUUCGACGUGACGGUCACGGCGAGGAACCCCAACAAGGAGAUCGGGAUCUACUACAGGGACGGCAGCGACCUGAGCGCUUGGUACGCGGGCGAGAGGCUCUGCACCGGCAGCUUCCCGGCGUUCUACCAGGGCCACCGGAACACCACGGUGGUGCACGUGUUGCUCACGGGAGAAACGCGGAUGGGGAGUGAGCUGCUGGCGGAACUGCUGCAGCAGCAGCAGCAGACGGGGAAGAUACCAUUAACCGUUCGAGGCGACGUGCCGGUGAGCGUGAGGGUUGGGAAGAUGAAGCUGUGGAAGAUGACCUUCCAAAUCAGGUGCGAUCUGGUGGUGAACAGUUUGAGCACCAGCGACGAUAUCAGCGUCAGGUCCAACAGCUGCCAGUUUAAGCUAAAGCGUUGAGUUCCACCUUUUCUUCUCCUUCGUCUUCAUCGGAAAUGGACGGUGAGCGGUUCAAUAUUGUUCCUUUCUUUGUAUCAUGGUAUCAUCAGAUCAUGAUCGAAUGCCACAUCAUG